AACCUUCAACCCAGAGCCCUUUGGGCUUUUCUUCAUUCUCAUCCGGAGAGAAGAGGAGUGGCAUGGAGGACCCCAAAAGCCCCGUGAAGGUGGUCAAACCUUCCCGCUCGAACGGGGGCAAGGUGUCGUCCUCCAAACCCCAGUGGGAGAGCACCACAGUCCCGAGCCGAAGCAAGGAUGCCAUCCCCAGGGUGAAAGAGGAGAUCCAGGGCGGUCCCAGCACUGGCAGGACCUGCAUCGGCAGCCCCCAGGAGCCGGGGAAGGGCAAAGCCCGCCGGCUGACGGGCAGAACUAACUCUGGCGAGAGGGGGAAAGGGAAGACCCAGCCCAGUGAGGGCCGUCAGCAAAGCCAGGAGAACAAAACUCCGGUCCGAAACAGUGGACCGGUCAAGGAUGGAGGAGCAGCACCGCUGGAGAUCUCGACACACGACAACACCAUCACCACCGCUAAAGACAGCAUAACCGGUGUGGAGGCGGGCAGACAGAGAGCCGAGGUCGUGGAGGUUGGAAACCUGACCUCUGACCAGCAGCUGGGACUCAAACAGGCGGAGGCGAGACUGCAGAGGGACUACAUCCACCGGCUGCUCAAGCCGUCGCCGGAGUACCCCAAUUUCCAGUAUCUAUGCAAACUGUGUUCAGUCCACGUGGAGAACAUCCAGGGUGCUCACAAGCACAUUAAAGAGAAACGUCACAAGAAGAACAUCAUGGAGAAGCAGGAGGAGAAUGAGCUACGAGCGCUGCCGGCUCCCUCUCUGGCUCAGUUGAGGGCACUAGACUCGGUCGUGCUGGAGGCGGCAGAGACGCACGGCAUCUCGGAGGAAGACUUCGCGCUGAGGCAAGCCGUGGUGCUCCGGAUGGAGGGGAUUAUAUGCAAACAACUCACAGCAUGUUCUCUCCGUCUGUACGGCUCAUGUCUCACCCGCUUCGCCUUCAAAACGAGUGACGUCAACAUCGACGUCUCUUAUCCCUCCACUAUGACUCAGCCUGAUGUGCUGAUCCAGGUGCUGGAGAUCCUCAAGAACAGCGAUAUGCCGAGGCUCGUGCCUCUGGUUCUGGCCUUCCGUCACUGGGCCAACCUGUGCCACAUCGACUGUCAGGCGGAGGGAGGAAUCCCGUCCUACUCGCUGUCUCUGAUGGUCAUAUUCUUCCUGCAACAGAGAGCCAAGCCCAUCCUGCCCGUUUAUCUAGGACGCUGGAUCAAGGGCUUCGACGUGAAGCGUGUGGAUGAGUUUCACCUGACGGGGUUGGAGUUGGACUCGUUCGUGGGUUGGGAGCACAGACCCGCUCCUGCAGGCGAGGGCCGCGGGGACGGCAAAGCCAAACAUGAACCCAAAACCCAGACUGAGAAGAAGGGUGGAUAUGCUAAGGGCAAGACUCGUCUGACGCUGAAGCAGCCGGUGAGCGCGUCUCUAGGUCAGCUGUGGCUGGAGCUCCUGCGCUUUUACACGCUAGAGUUUGCACUGGAGGAGCACAUCAUCAGCAUCCGUCUGAAAGAGCUGCUGCCGCGGGAGCUGAAGAACUGGCCUCGCCGCAGACUCGCCAUCGAGGAUCCAUUUGCGUUGAAGAGGAACGUGGCUCGCAGUCUGAACAGUCAGAUGGUGUUCGAGUACAUCCAGGAGCGUUUCCGCACGGCCUACAAGUAUUUCGCCUGUCCUCAGAGCAGGAACGGAGCGAACGCCAGCCGCGGCUUACUGAGGAAGAAACCCAGACGCUCUCACACGGCCCGAUCCUGCAGCCUGGACCGAAAGAACCGUGCGGAGGCGGAGAAGAGCGGCGAGGAGGACGCAGACAGCAGUGAUGAUGAGGACGAGAGAGAUAUGGAGGAAGAGGAGAGCCUGAGAGCGGGGUUCACAGAGCUCCUGGUGAGCGACGCUGGGAUGGACACCAGAUCGGUUUCACAGGAACCCUCCACAGCGGAGUCUCCUUCUGCCCUGAACGGCCUGCUGAUGGACAGUGAGGAGGAGGAGGAGGAGGAUAAAGAUCAAGAGAUGGAGAAACCGGACAGUAUUGCUCCAGAAGACAUGCACUACAUCUUUGACAGGAUGAUCUUCACUGGUGGAAAGCCGCCAACAGUCGUGUGCAGCAUCUGCAAGAGAGACGGCCACCUUAAAGACGAAUGUCCUGAAGACUUCAAGAAGAUCGAGCUGAAACCCCUGCCGCCCAUGACUGAGCGCUUCAGAGAAAUCCUGGACGGACUCUGCAUGCUGUGCUACCGUGAGUUGUCACCAUCUCUCGUCGAGCAGCAGAAGAGGGAGCAGAUUCUGGGCAGUCUGGAGCGCUUCAUCAGAAAAGAGUACAACGAUAAGGCCCAGCUCUGUCUGUUUGGCUCUUCUAAGAACGGCUUUGGCUUUCGUGACAGUGACCUGGACAUCUGUAUGACACUGGAGGGUCACGACACCUCUGAGAAACUCAACUGUAAGGAGAUCAUUGAGGGUUUAGCCAAGGUGCUGAAGAAACACACAGGUUUAAGGAAUAUUUUGCCUAUCACAACUGCUAAAGUGCCUAUAGUGAAGUUUGAACACAGGCAGAGCGGACUGGAGGGAGACAUCAGCCUCUACAACACACUGGCCCAACACAACACCAGAAUGCUGGCCACAUAUGCUGCUAUAGACCCUCGUGUGCAGUUUCUGGGCUACACUAUGAAAGUAUUUGCCAAGCGCUGUGACAUUGGCGACGCCUCCAGAGGAAGUCUCUCCUCCUAUGCUUACAUCCUCAUGGUGCUGUAUUUCCUACAACAGAGACAACCACCAGUCAUCCCUGUGUUACAAGAGAUAUUCGUUGGGAACACUGUUCCUCAGAGGAUGGUGGAUGGCUGGAACGCUUUCUUCUUCGAUGAUCUUAAUGAGCUGGUAAAUCCCUUUGACUUGAAUCACAAUCUUGGGGCCGGUGUUUCUCGCAAAAUGACUAACUUCAUCAUGAAGGCCUUCAUCAACGGCAGGAAGCUGUUUGGCACCCCGUUUUACCCUCAGCUGGGAACAGAGGCCGAUUACUUCUUUGACUCGAAGGUGCUGACGGACGGAGAACUGGCUCCUAAUGACCGCUGCUGUCGGAUCUGCGGGAAGAUCGGCCACUAUAUGAAGGACUGCCCAAAGAGGCGCAGAAUGAAGAGAAAGGAGAAUGAGCGUGAGGAGGAGGUCAGGGAGGAGGACAGGGAGCCCAGAGAGAGACGCUGCUUUCAGUGUGGUGAUAUGGGUCAUGUGAGGAGAGACUGUCCCGAUUACAAACACCUCCGUCAGAGAGCAGCGGCAGGACCAGUCCCUCACAUGGUCCGGGCCAUGGCGAGCUCUCAGUCCAUCCCCGUUCCUCAAGGUGCUUCAGUCCAGGAUCGGGCCGGACGGACCAGGCAGCCCUCUGAAUGUUCUGAUACGCGUCAGACUCCUCCGUACUCCCCUCAGCCGUCUCCCUACAGCCAGGCAUCCGUCUCUCCGCAGAACAGCAAGCCUUCCUCUGCAUCCUCUACCUCCAAACCCUCCCAACCGCAGCCGCAGGUUCCACAGGUCCAGCUCCCCAUCUUCAGCUUUCCCCACUCCCACCCGGGCCAGUAUCACACCGGGCUCUCGGCGCUGGGCCUCCUGCCUGCCCACCCCCAGCAGCCGCCCCUCACCUCGGCCUCCUGGCCCAUCCACGGCCCUCUCAUCCAGGGCUCCGGGGUCUCCACCGCCUCCGGCCACCCGUCCUCUCCGGGCCUGAAGUUCGCCGUCCGGGGCGGCAGAGGCGGGCCAGCGGUGAGCCCCGCCCCAAUGAACCUGAACGACCCCAGCAUCAUCUUCGCUCAGCCGUCGACGGGACGGGCGGCUGGUGGAGUGGGCGGCGGCCCCGCCAGAGAAAGGGGGCACCCCUGGCACAAUCACCAUCUCAAUCCG